UUCUGAAACAAGAUACUAAAAGAGUGGUGCCGAUCGAGAGGGAAAGAGGAGUGAACCAAAGAAAAGAAGAAGAGAGAGAGAGGGAGGAAGAUGAGCAAGCAUGGUGGUAUUGCUGCUAGCACGGUCCCUCUCCUCACCCCCUACAAGAUGGGCGCGUUCGAUCUCUCCCACAGGGUAGUUCUUGCACCGCUUACACGGACACGAUCCUACAACAAUGUUCCUCAGCCCCAUGCCAUACUGUAUUAUCAGCAGAGAACAACCAUAGGAGGCCUCUUGAUUGCUGAGGCCACUGGAGUCUCAGACACUGCCCAGGGGUACAAAGAUACUCCUGGAAUUUGGACAAAGGAGCAGGUGGAAGCGUGGAAACCUAUCGUAGAUGGGGUUCAUGCCAAGGGAGGGAUAUUUUUCUGUCAGAUUUGGCAUGUCGGAAGAGUCUCUAACCAUACUUAUCAGCCUAAUGGACAAGCUCCGAUAUCCAGCACGGAUAAGCCAUUGAAACCUAUGGUGGUAGGCAAUCGCACAGUAUCUGAUUUCUCAACGCCUAGGCCACUGGAGACCGAUGAGAUCCCUAUGGUCAUCAAUGAUUUCAGGGUGGCUGCUAGAAAUGCAAUUGAAGCUGGAUUUGAUGGUGUUGAGAUCCAUGGGGCUCAUGGCUAUUUGAUCGAUCAGUUCUUCAAGGACCAAGUCAAUGGACGCACUGACAAAUACGGCGGGAGCUUAGAGAAUCGUUGCCGGUUUGGACUAGAAGUAGUCGAAGCCGUAGUAGAUGAAAUCGGAGCUGGUAAGGUUGGGAUGAGGCUCUCGCCCUUUGCAAACUACUGGGAAUCGUCAGACUCCAACCCGGGAGCUCUAGGCCUGUACAUGGCACACGCGCUGAACAAAAUUGGGAUCCUCUACUGUCACACGGUCGAGCCACGGAUGAUAACGUUUGUUGACAAGGUUGAAACUCCAAAUAGCCUUCGCGCCAUGCGGGAUGCUUUCAAGGGAACGUUUAUUGUAGCCGGUGGCUACGGCAGAGAGGAUGGAAACGCAGCUGUCUCCAGCGGCUAUGCUGAUCUGGUUGCAUACGGACGCUUGUUCUUGUCUAAUCCUGACCUACCUCGGAGGUUUGAGAUUGAUGCUCCGCUAAACAAGUACAACAGAGAUACUUUCUACAUCUCCGAUCCAGUUGUUGGAUACACUGACUACCCAUUCCUUUCAUCCGUUGUAUAAAUGGUUGUUUUAUAAAUGGGCUCAUCCCCGCUCUGAACUAUGAUACCCGGGCGUAUUCAUUGUUACUGAACCUGUUUAAUAAAUUUGGUUGUGUGCAUCAUUGUGAUGCAGUGGCUA